AUGCAGGAGCUGCAGCAUCAUCACAUCCGCAGCGGCCCAGAGAGAAGAGAAGCUGGCGGAAGCACAAGGGAGGAUGAAGCUGACUACAAACGAAGGGGACUUCUGGGUCCAACACAAAUGGCCGAAGGGCACAAUGGAAGCGGGAGAGGGGAAACGGCGCCAAUUUUGGUGCGCCGCCACAGCAGCAACACCAGCGCCGCCGCCGAGGCACAGGCACAACUGCCACCCGCCGCCGCAACACCAGCGCCGACCAGCGCCACCAGCCCAGGUGCAGGCGCAGCUGCUGCCCGCCGCCGCAACACCAGCGCUGCCGGCGCAGGCGCAGCUACCGCCUGCCGCUGCCGCCGCAGCAACACAAGCGGCGCCCGCGCAGGCGCAGCUGCCGCCCGCCACCGCAGCAACACCAGCGCCGGCAGUUUACAGAUAGAUAGGUGCGUGUUCGUUUGUAUCACAAAUAGCGCCCACCUGGAGUGUCCUCCCAAGUAUAUAUGCGUAAAACUGCAGCGGCGCAAUCCGAUUCUGUAUCGUUUACUCGAGAGGGCUACAUUUGUUUGUCUUCCCCAGACUUUAGCAGACGAUACCGAAGAUGUCUCACUCGACUUUGGCAAUGAGGAAGAGCUGGCGUUAAGGAAAGCAAAAAUCAGGCACCCGCUGGCCACCUUCUUUCACCUCUUCUUCCGGGUGAGCGCCAUCGUGACCUACUUGUUUUGCGACUGGUUCAGCAAGAGCUUCAUUGUCUGCUUCGUGGUCAUUCUCCUACUCCUGUCCUUCGACUUCUGGUCCGUGAAGAAUGUCACCGGAAGACUCCUGGUAGGCCUGCACUGGUGGAACCAGAUCGACGAAGAUGGGAAAAGCCACUGGAUGUACGAAGCGAAAAGGGUCCCAUCCAGCGUCGCGGCCCCCACGGAAGUCGAGGCCCGGAUCUUCUGGCUGGGACUGAUCAUCUGCCCGGUCAUCUGGACCAUUUUCUUUUUCAGCACCCUCUUUUCCUUGAAGCUGAAGUGGCUGGCGCUCGUGAUAGCCGGCAUCUCUCUCCAGGCGGCUAACCUGUAUGGCUACGUCCACUGCAAGUUAGGAGGGCUGACAAACCUCCACAAAAUCGCUGCGAGGUUCCCGGCUCAGCAGAUCUUCCAGAGGAACUUAGAAAAGGUAGAUUCGAGUCCAGAAGCCCCUUAG